CUGAUCCACAGCUCACUUCCACAGUGAGAAACUGAUCCUGCACAGCUCGGCAUUGAACAAAAGAAAAUGCGCGACCUGCUGACGACUCAGAGCCAGAACUCUUACAGGGAGCAGAUCAAGAAGGAGAUGUUGACCCGUUUAACCUGGAGGAGCCGCUAUGCCAAACUCUACCCAUCCUGCUACAACCCCUGGAACAACAGCAAAGAGCCCACACAGCUGCCACAGCUGCCAAAGAUACCUGCUGACCCUCAGGCUGUUGUGCCUCUUGUUGCCAGGACUACUGAGAAGCAAAGCGACCUUCUUCCUCGUCGUCCUUCUCCUCCUCCUGUGUGCUCUGUGGGAGGUGAACAGCAGCUCAGUGUGCCUCCUCUAAUGAGGCCGGUUUCGCCCCACACCAGAGAGGCCCUGUAUCAGGACUCCUCUCACCAUGGCAAAGGGAGAACUCUGUACUUGCACAGACGUGGACACAUUAAACCUGAGGAGAAGUUUAACUUUCCCCUGCUCUCCUCCUGGGAUUAUGGCUGGAGGCUUGGUGAUUACACGCUAGAUUACAGAACUCCAUCCAGCGCCAGGUCAUCCUUGGUGAAGAACACCUUCUAUGCAAAGAACGGGGUAUUCAGCCGCCCAGCAGCCACCGACACCCUAGGCUGAGGUUCUGUUACCCCAUACCAGAGGCUGCUCUUUAAUGAGGGUAAAGAGCACUUCAAAGGCAAUCGUGCCAACAGAUGUCCAACUAUAACCCCAGGCUAAUGUGAUUUGGGGAUUUCCUGGUAUUAUAAACUCAUUUACUUAAAAAAAAAGUGUAUUUUUUUUCUGUUUGUUUUAGAAGUUUUCGAAGGUACGUGUUGAACUGCUUAGAUUUUGACUUCCUAUCAAACAAAAGACAAAACAAAGCUUUGAUACAUGAGUACACCAGUAAGUGGUCAUAUUUAUCAUGAGAUAAAAUGUCCUGUCAGGAAAUAUGGUGAUGGAAAUAAAAAGUGCACAUAGCCCAUCAAUCCAUCCUGAAAUCCAGUACUUCCUGUAAUGCUGUCUGGUUACGAUGCGCAUGGCUGUAGGGUUAAGUGUCUAAUAACCUGAUACCAAGUGUUGGAUAUUUAAUGAGUAUCUUGCCUGGAAAGAGUCCGGAAGAAGCAACUGACCUUUAUACACCUGAAACCUGAGUACUAGGUGUAUUCCAAUGAGCCACCAGAGGAAAUGUUAUACAGCACAGGCUAGUAUUGAUUCCUAAUUAAACAUAAUUAUUUAAAGACUAUAUUUUCUGCUCAUUUUGAGCUCCAUAGUUGCUCUUGGACUGUACAAAUAGUGCAUGACUCACAGUACAACAUAACCCUUCUUUAACCUUUAUUGGGGUUUGGUACAGCUCCUCAGUUUAUCAUCUGUCUGAAACUAGUUGUCCAGCUCCUCCAGCUUCAAGGAGACUUUCCUCUGAUUUGCUGCUGCUUAUAAACAGAAUGUGUGGAGCUUAAGAUGAACUGACCAUAUUAGUGGAUCAUAUCUGUUAUGGCUCAUGCUGAGCAAAAUUAUAAAGAAGACUGCCUGACACCAAGCAGGCAUUUAGAGCAAUCUGGCCACGUUUAAUGUAAGAGCAUCUCCAAAAGUUGAUUCUGUUCAUCUGGACGUAGCGUUUUCAGUGGAAGAAAC